AUGGCCACGGCUCAGCUCUCACAUACUGGACAGAAGCAUAAAACCUCCAAGGAAUCAGUGUUGUUUCCACAUAAAAUUGCCACUGACCAGCAGUCCAUGGUGCUGGUGAAAAGGCUUUUGGCCAUCUCUGUCUCCUGUAUAACGUACCUAAGAGGGCUCUUCCCAGAGAGCUCAUAUGGAACUCGCUAUUUAGAUGACCUCUGUCUAAAAAUCCUUCGGGAAGAUAAAAGCUGCCUGGGGUCACUGCAGAUAGUCAAGUGGAUUCAGGGCUGUUUUGAUGCUUUGGAAAAGAACUAUUUACAUAUGGCUGUCCUGGCAAUUUACACCAAUCCCAAGGAGCCACAGAGGGUGACUGAGCUGUAUCAGUUCAAAUUCAAGUAUACAAAGGACGGUCCCCAGAUGGACAUCGUCAGCACCAAAAUGAGCUUUGCAAAGGGGGUGAGCAGUGAAGAGAUUAAGAAAGGCAGCAUCCUGCUGAUUCGCAAGCUGUACCUCUUAAUGCAGAACCUCGGGCCCCUUCCCAAUGACAUUACCCUCACCAUGAAACUCUUCUACUACAAUGAUGUAACUCCUGAUGAUUACCAGCCCCCUGGCUUUAAGGAAGACAGCAGCCCAGAUAACUUGUUGUUUGAUGGAGACCCUGUCAACCUGAAAGUUGGGUCCAUAUCCACUGGGUUUCAUAUCCUGAAAGUAAGAGUGACAACUGAGAGCAAGAGGAUGAGGACUUUGGGAAGCAGCCUGAUCCAGGAGAAUGGCCCUACUGAGAUCUCUCAUCAAGGGUUAGAUUGUGACGAAGAAGAGAGUAGUACCAAGAACAACCCUCUGCCCAUCAUAGUAGAGUCAAGUAAAAAUAGGAAGGGUGAAACUGAUGCAGAUCCAGGCUGCAAAAAUGAAGCAUCUUUCCUUAACCCUCAAGACACAGGUAAAAAAGAACUCAUGGGAGUGAAGGGGACAGACAGAGUACCCUGCACUAAGGCUUCUCAGCAGACAUACAGCCUGGACCUUGCAUUUAGCCAGGAAGAGAUGAGGAAGCCAAGGAAGAAGAGGAAGGUCAGUGAGCCAGUGCAGCUGCUUCCAGCAGGCAGGAACUGA